CUAUAAAUCAUACGCAGAAGUAAAAAGAAAUAAAAGGAUAAAAGAAUCGAGACAAGAUAGAUGACAACUAACGUCGUCGUUGUUCAACAGCCUAUGGCUGUAAAUAAUAAUUCACUGAUGGUCACGGGGAUAAAUGGCCACAGGGAGUGGACCACAGGGCUCUGUGAGUGUGAUGACAAGAGGAAAUGCCUAGUUGGAUGUUGCUGUGUACUUUGUUCACUAUGCAGUCUGGCGAGAAGAACUGGGGAGUGUCCCUUGAUGGCAUACUAUGUUUUGGGAGGACUAACCUUGCUACGAAGUAGGAUUAGAACCAUUGGAGGAAUUAAGGGGACUGUCUCAAACGACAAUAUGAUAAUGAAGUGGUGCUGUCCGUGUGGAGUACUACAAAUGGAGAGGGAACUCGAAAAUAUGGGAAUCCCAUAAAAAGAUUCCUAUUCCUUUUUCUUUGAUGUCAACAUACUUUGCAAUAUAGUAAAGCAGUAUGAAGACCGAAUGUGUUCAAAAAAAAAAACUUGUAUUAUCUUUUUGCUUAUUCUCUGUAAAUUAGAUCAAUUACUUUUCUGUGUUUUUAAAUUCUGUACAUUGUAUUUAUUAGUAAAUAAAAAAAAGA